AUGAAAGUCCUUCGAUCCAAGAAGAAACCACGGAAGCUUUGGUUCAGCCUUCCUUGCACCAAGUUCUGCCGCUGGACCUACCUCAACUAUGCUUCACGACCUGAAGAACUUCGGCAAGCUCGCAAGAAGGAAAGAAAGAUGCUUUGGUAUAUGAACGACUUUGUGAAGGACACCCUUUCCAAAGCUCCCGACACCAAGAUCUACUUCGAGUGGACUCAUCCAUGUCAAGGGUGGCAAGAACCUCCAAUGAUCGACCUCGAGACCUUCCUAGCAGCCUUGGACAUCCCCUGGCUCUCAUGCCGCAUCGACGGCUGCGUCUAUGGCAUGAUGGACUCUCGAGGUGAACAUCAUCUUCACAAGAAGUGGCUUGUCAAGACCACCUGUGAACACUUCCAUGCCACCUACAAGACCAAGGUAUGCCAUGGAGGCCACUCACACACCUUGGUUCAAGGCGCCGAAACCGCCAAGAGCGCCUACUAUCCCUGGAAGCUUGUUCAGUCCUGGGCACGAUUUUGGAGAGCUGAGAUGGUGUCUGAUCGCAAUCUUCGGCUCCUCUUCAUGAAGCAGGAUUCACCCGCUGCUUUGGAGGAUGAAGAGCUCCACCUCCUUGCCGACGAUGACGGUGACACCCUCAACGCUCUUCCUGCUGAAGAAGCCCUACAACCAGUGGAAGUUCCUUCUGAACAAGAGAAGAAACAAUGGAUGGCAAGAGUAGCUCAUUUCCACAAGGCAGCUGGUCAUCCCACCAACAAGAACUUGGCCAAGCUGAUCAAGAACGCCGGUCAACCAGCCUGGAAGUCUGAGCUGGCUUUGGAGCACAGAUGUCCGGCCUGUGAGGCCAUUCGACCUGGCGGCACUUCCAGCAAGAACAUUCCACCGGCGAGCACUCACUCUAUGUGGAGUGCAUGGCAAGCUGUCGGCAUGGACACCGCAGAGUGGCAGAUUCCAGCCACUAAGGACAAGGUGAAGUUCGUCCUCAUGAUGGAUCUAGCUACGAAGCUUCGUGUGGUCUGGCCCAUCAUGGAGUACCCCAACAUGGAGAUGCGAGCUGAAACUGCUGACCACAUCAUUGAAGCCUUCACUGAACGCUGGCUCUCCGUCUUCCCAAAGCCUGAGAUGGUGAUAGUUGACAAUGGUAAAAGCUUCACCUCCGACCGCUUCAACACCUUCCUGCGGGAGUCCAACAUUGCCGUGCACUACCCUCCUGAGAAGGAACCUUGGGCACAUGGCAUUUUAGAAGCUGGCAUCCAGGACAUCAAGCAAGUGGCAACCGUCCUCCAGAUGGAGCAACUGGAUCUUCGGCCGGCUCAUACAUUGAUUCUGGCCACUUCAGCUCUGAACCAAACUGAGUACACUGCUGGGUAUUCUGCUCAGCAAUGGGCCUUCGGGAAGCACUACUCCCUGACCGAUGAGGACCACCGCACGUACGAGCAGGUGGAACCUUCAACUGACUUUGCCCGUCUCGUUCAAGCCCGACAACAGGCUGAAGAGAUUGCAGUGAAGACCAGAUCAAAGAGAGUUCUGAGCAAGCUCUCCCACACUCUGGUUCGGCAGCCCUUGAGAACCUUCUCGCCUAUGCAGCUGGUAAAGAUCUGGCGCCAAUUCCAACCAGCUGAUCAACACAAGGGCAGCCGUGGCGGCUUCAAGAAGUCUGGACGACCUCAUUGGGUUGGCCCUGGCAGAGUUGUCUUCCAAGAGGUACUACCUCAUCAAGAAGAAGGUGAUCCUCGCCGACACAUCCUGUGGGUGCUCAUCGGGAGUCGCAUCUACAGAUGCUCAGUUCACAGCGUUCGGCCAGUGACCGAGGUUGAGCGCCUCCAGUACGAGAUGACAGCCGAUGAGGAUCCCACCAAGUGGAAAUCCUUGGCAGACAUCCUGCCCAAGCGAGAGUUCACUGACCUCCUGGAUGAACUCCCAAAGGAGGACGAGAUUGAAGUCCCGAACCUUCCGUUCUCUCCGGAUCCUGCAACCUAUGCUCCAAUACGACGAGCCACUGGCAAGUCCACGUUGCAGAUGUCCGACUACAAGCUGAAACAUCGCAGCAGUCCAUUGGGACUACAACCUCCAGAUCGUGAAGUACAACACUUUGUACCUCCUGCUCACGCUUCGAGCUCGGCACGGCCUUCCAACUCGGCCCUACCAGAGGCUGAGGAAACUGCCAAUGACUACGAAGACUACACACCGAGUCUUCCUGAUGCCGCUGCUGAUGAACCUCCUGAAGAUGAACCACAACCUUCAGAGAGAGAUCCCAAAAGAGCUCGCAGUGAGUACGAUCUGAAGUGGGUGGAGGAGCUGAAAUCUCACUCCGAGAUUGACAACAAGGAAGUCUUCAGCUACCUCACCGAAUGUCAAGAUGACUUGGACGUCUUGGUCAUGUACAUCGAUGUGGAGCCUGAGACUAACACCAAGAGAAAGGCUCUUCUUCGGAACCCCGUCCUCUACAUGGCCAAGAAGUUGAACAACUCAGAAGUGUCCCUGCAGCGCUUGAGCAACCUCGAGAAGGUCCUCUUCCAGCGUGCCAAGAUGAAGGAGGCCAUGAAGGUGAAGGGAGUCGUCUGCACCGACAGCCGUGGUGGCUACGACGCUGUCGAGACCAACGAGAGCCCGCUCUUAGGGCUCACGAACAUGAGGGCAGCGCUUCAGGCCUUCCAACUUCGCGAGAACUUGCGAAGAUGUGGCAGCGAGUUGAGGUGGCUCGCUUCGGACUACGACUUGGCCGACUCCAUGACGAAGAAGAGGGCCGAUAGUCGUGAAGGCCUUCUCAAAUUCCUGGCCACAUGGCACUGGACGGUCGCUUACGAUCCCAACUUCGUGGCGGCCAAAAAGAACAAGAAGCUGGGCCUGACGGCAGUCGACAAGAUCGACAGAGCUCUUCGGCAAGCUGAUGCGCUGUGCUCGACGACCGCUUUUGAGACGAUGCCAGAGCCACCUGAGCCUGUAGCUUCAGUGAUCGCUGAGGACUGA